GAAGGAAACUUCCUCUCCACUGGGAAGAAAAGAGUGAGACCCAGACCAACAGAAGAAAUGGCGACUGAAACGACGAAGAAGAGGGCAUGUGUGACGGGAAGCACCAGCUAUGUCGCGUCUCUGCUUGUCAAACACUUGCUUGAGAAGGGCUACGCCGUCAAUGCCACUGCCAGAGAUCCUGACAAUGAAAAGAAGAUCUCUCACCUUCUGGAGCUACAGAGUUCCGGUGAUCUUCAAAUCUUUGGAGCUGACCUAACUGAUGAAGGGAGUUUUGAUGCUGCUGUCUCUGGUUGUCACCUUGUCUUCCACUUGGCAACCCCAGUGCAUUUCACUUCUGAAGACCCAGAGAAUGAUAUGAUCAAGCCGGCAAUUCAAGGGACACUCAAUGUUCUGAAAGCUUGCGUAAAAUCGAAGACGGUGAAGCGUGUGGUCAUGACAUCCUCGGCAGCUGCUGUAUCCAUAAACAACUUCACCGGGACGGGUCUUGUCAUGGAUGAGCAAUGCUGGACUGAUGUUGAUCUCUUGGCUUCGGAGAAACCACCUACUUGGGGUUAUCCAGCGUCCAAGACACUAGCAGAGAAGGCAGCAUGGAAAUUUGCUGAAGAGAACAAAAUCGACCUCAUCACCAUUAUUCCUUCUCUCAUGGCAGGUCCUGCAAUUACUCCUGAUGUUCCCAGCAGCCUCUGUCUCGCCAUGUCCUUGCUCACAGGGAAUGAAUUCUUAAUCAAUGGUUUGAAGGGCAUGCAAAUGCUAUCUGGUUCCAUCUCAAUAACACACGUGGAAGAUGUUGUUCAUGCCCAUGUAUUUUUAGCCGAGAAGGAAUCAGCAUCUGGUCGAUACAUUUGCAGCUGCGUCAACACUUGUGUCCCUGAACUCGCCGAGUUCCUCAACAAAAGAUACCCUCAAUACAAAGUCCCUACUGAUUUCGGAGAAUUCCCUGCUAAGGCCAAGUUGAUCAUCUCAUCGGAGAAGCUUCUUAAAGAAGGAUUCAGGUUCGAGUAUGGCAUCGAAGAAAUUUAUGACCAGUCAGUUGAGUAUUUCAAGGCUAAGGGCCUGCUGCAGUAAUGAAUAGAUGAGGCUUUCCUCAUUGCUUAUAGAGUGCAACAUCCUACUUCAUGUACCAGCUAUUAUUUACUCUGCUAUUAGCACUCGUACAAAAUAUGUAAUGAAUAAACCAUCAUUCUCUGUA